CCUUGAUCCUACUGAAACAUGAUGCUCUUCAAGGUUCUGGUGAUCUCUGUCUUGUGUGCUCUGGCUGUGGCUUUCCCCACAGAAGCAACCACCGAUGACCCACUAGACCUACUCAGUGAAGAACUACUAAAUUUACCUGCUAACAUUGAAGACCUACUGGAUUCAAUCACUAACAUAAUAAAAACAGUCAGAAAGCUACCACCACCAAUUGAGAAAGUGAUAAAAAUUCAAAAAGCAGACACAGACAGUGAUCCAACCAUGGACUUUAAUCCGACUUCAGACUUUUUGUCACCCACAGAAGGGUAUCACAAAAACACACAGAUUGCUGUGUCCUCUCCUGAAGCUGAGACAGUCCCCUCCAGUUUUCUCGAAGAAGACAGUGAGACCUCAGACCCGAACCUCACCUUCUCUGGGACUCUUGAUCCUCCAACACAGUAAAGGUUCUAUUUGCUGUGACAAUCAUUGCAUUCUCCUCCACUUUCUGAGAAGACUCCAACUUUGAAACAAGCCUACCAGUACCCUUCUGGAUAUUGUAUCAUUGUAAAAAACAGUGGAAGUCCAAGAUGCUCCCAGCAAAAGAGAGAGAGCAAAGAAAAAGUGGUCCUGACUGAUAAUCAAUGUUUCAGGCAUUCAUGAGCUCUGCCCUUACCUUGUGUGGGCCUAAUAAAUAAACGUUCACUGGAACUGUG